AUGGCUGACCCUCGAUUUUGUUUUAAGUCAGUAACAGAUAAAGACAUGGAAUUGUUCAACAAGUAUAAGAAAUCUAUUGAUAGCGAAGUUCGAAAAAUACGUGCUCGUCACAUCGAAGCCUGUGGCACGAUUCAUGAUUACAAAAUCGCUCUACCCGAUAACAAAUUCGUCAAAAUUUCCUUCCUUACAGGCGGAAUGCAGAUGUACCCACCAGGCGAAAAACCACCUCAACAUCCACCAGACCCCCGCAUCACAGUUGACGAUACAUUAACAUCAACAGCUGAUGAAUAA